ACUGUGAAGUGACGAGUGGUGAGUUCCAGAGAGUUGAAACUUGAAACCCCUAAAAAACCCUCUUCCACCUCCUCCAUUUGUAUAUUGCUUCUACUUCAAAUCGCUGCACUCACUCACUCGCCCUAUACAUCAAAUCACGGUCGAAAAAGGAAAACACAGAAGCGAAAACGAUGUCGCUGCGAGUGCUGAACCCUAACGCCGAAGUGCUGAACAAAUCUGCGGCACUUCACAUGAACAUCAAUGCCGCUAAGGGUUUGCAAGAUGUCCUCAAGACCAACCUCGGCCCGAAAGGAACCAUUAAAAUGCUCGUUGGUGGCGCCGGAGAUAUUAAACUCACCAAAGAUGGCAACACUCUCCUCAAAGAGAUGCAAAUCCAGAACCCAACUGCUAUAAUGAUUGCUAGGACGGCGGUUGCUCAGGAUGAUAUUAGUGGAGAUGGCACCACUUCCACUGUCAUCUUCAUUGGUGAACUUAUGAAGCAAUCCGAGCGUUACAUUGAUGAAGGUAUGCAUCCACGUGUGUUGGUUGAUGGUUUUGAGAUUGCUAAAAAAGCAACCCUGCAGUUCCUUGAGAAGUUUAAGACUCCUGUUGUGAUGGGUGAUGAGCCUGACAAAGAGAUUCUCAAGAUGGUAGCAAGAACAACAGUAAGGACAAAGCUUUAUGAGUCACUUGCAGAUAAAUUGACUGAUAUAAUUGUGAAUGCGGUUCUGUGCAUUAGGAAGCCUGAGGAAGCAAUUGAUCUUUUUAUGGUGGAGAUCAUGCACAUGCGGCACAAAUUUGAUGUUGACACACGCUUGGUCGAGGGUCUUGUCCUUGAUCAUGGUUCUAGGCAUCCUGAUAUGAAGCGACGUGCAGAGAAUUGCUACAUAUUGACUUGCAACGUGUCUUUGGAGUAUGAAAAAAGCGAGAUAAAUGCAGGCUUUUUCUACUCAAAUGCGGAACAGAGGGAAGCUAUGGUUGCAGCUGAAAGGCGUUCUGUUGAUGAGAGAGUUAAAAAAAUCAUUGAACUGAAAAAUAAGGUUUGUUCCGGUAAUGAUAGCAAUUUUGUUGUGAUCAAUCAAAAAGGAAUUGAUCCCCCAUCACUUGAUAUGCUUGCAAGGGAAGGAAUAAUUGCCCUUCGGAGAGCAAAGAGGAGAAACAUGGAAAGAUUGGUUUUGGCAUGUGGAGGAGAAGCUGUAAACUCUGUAGAUGAUUUGACUCCAGAAUGUUUGGGUUGGGCAGGGUUGGUAUAUGAACACGUUCUUGGUGAAGAGAAAUAUACAUUUGUGGAAAAUGUGAAGAAUCCUUCUUCCUGCACAAUCUUGAUUAAGGGUCCUAAUGACCAUACAAUAGCUCAAAUUAAAGAUGCUGUUCGUGAUGGUUUGAGGGCAGUCAAGAACACCAUUGAAGAUGAAUCUGUUGUUUUGGGUGCUGGUGCAUUUGAAGUUGCUGCUAGGCAAUAUCUGAUUAAUGAAGUUAAGAAAACAGUCCAAGGGCGAGCCCAACUUGGUGUCGAGGCUUUUGCUGAUGCACUUCUUGUUGUGCCAAAGACGCUCGCAGAGAACUCUGGACUUGAUACUCAAGAUGUGAUUAUUGCCCUCACGGGAGAGCACGACAGAGGGAAUGUUGUGGGAUUGAGCCAGAACACUGGAGAACCUAUUGAUCCUCAAAUGGAGGGUAUUUUUGACAACUACUCUGUGAAGCGCCAAAUCAUAAACUCAGGGCCUGUAAUAGCAUCGCAGUUGCUAUUGGUGGAUGAAGUAAUUCGUGCUGGACGGAACAUGCGGAAGCCAACUUAGAUUUCUUUCUCACCUGAAGCUUCUCUUUCGAAUUUGGUUGUUAUUUUCCUGAGGUGACAACAGCUAUCGCUCGGAUUGUUUUGACUCCUUCCGCCCCAAUUUUAACUUGAACCUAUAUUUUGUUUUGAUUUGGUUGUCUUUUUUUUUCCUAAGAUUUUGUAAAAUAUAAGAUUCUAUUGUGACUAAAUCUAAAUGUUGGAUCUCUUAAAAUCUGUAAGCAUAGUUUUUUACUUUA